CUGGGUGGGCAUUUCAGCAGGGAUCUGCAGUCUCUCCCCUGCCCUAUUCUUGGCUUUCCCCACUCCUAUUUUGCUCUCCUUCACCAUCAUACGUCUACAUUUUCUGCAAUGCUUCAAAACAGGCAGCUUUGAAAUUCCAAUCACCUUUUAAUUUUUAAACUUUUUUUCCAUUUUUUUUUCCGAUAUAUUCAACCUGUGGAUUAUAUUGGUACAAAUAAGGGGCACUACCUUCAUUGAUACGGUCACAAUUCCCUUAAUCAGUGGAUUCCAAUUCGAUUUGAAAGACAUUGCUAACCUCUUGAAUAAAAGCUUUCAUAUCAACAUGCCUGAAGCAGCCCCUGAAGGUGCAGCGGUGGAGUCCAUCUCAGCUGCUGUAGCCGAUGGGCUGAAUGGGAACGUGGUGCCCCCAACAUCCCCUCCUAAGGCCCAAGGGUUUGGAAUAUACAAGAAACUAACCUUUUCUGUAGAGUUAGUGGUGACUAUCGGCCUCCUUCUCUCCUGGAUUACUGCAGGCUUCAUGAUGUUUGACGUUGUAGAAUAUAAAGGGGUCACUGACAUUCAAGAUGUAGUUUUGGAUCCCAUGAAAGCUGUUAAUGAUGCUGUAGAGGGAAUGUCCAACAUGUUCUAUGAGGCUCAAGAAUGUGCAUUUGCUCCUCAUUUGAGUCUGGACCCCAUGAAUGCUGUCAAAGAUGUAAAAGAUUUAUUUGUGGACUUCCUCUCUGAUGAUGACGGAAACUUUUACCUGAGCUACGUUGACCCGGUGAUUAUUGGCAGACGUGUGUUCAAUGUCACCAAUAACUCUAUAUGUGAAGUCYUGGGUUACAUACAAGGCACACUCUGUGUUCUAUUGGAUGCCAUAUUGGAUAUCCUGCAGGCCCUUCUCCAUGCAGUGAGCAUCAAUGCAGUAGACGUAGUGCAUGUUAUCACUGACUGUACAAGUUCUACUGGAACCUACAUAAGGGACCUGCUGCCAGGUAUCCCUCAAGAAGUGAACGUCGAUCCCAUGCUGGUUCUCAGAAGAAUGUUUGGGAUUGUCAUUGAGCAGAAGAACAUGCUUGUGGACUAUGUCUCCAACUUGCUAAUAGGCGAUCAAGGGGUCAUUCCUGAGAUGAACUUUGACCCUAUGAAAGUGGUCUCAGAUGCAGUGCUUGAGAUUGCAGAUGGGAAAAACAUGUUCAUGGAUUAUCUGUCCAACAUGUUUAUGGAUGACAAAGAUGAACCUAGUACUAUACCAGCAUCUGUGAUGCAUGUGAUAAGGAAGAAAGGAGAGUUUUUGCCACCCCUGGAAAAAGUUGCAGAAUUGAUGGGCACUACAAAGGACGGUGACCCUGCACCUGAAAUAAGCGCCACUCCAGUUGUGGCGGAGAAGGAUGAGGAUGUCAAAGAGGCUGAAGAAGAGCAAGGAGACAAGGACYGUACUGAUGACAGUUCAGAGGGGGUGAAGAAAUACACCACCCCWAAAAAUGUGUGGAUCCAAAAACAGAUGCUUAGAGUCAUGGGAUCUAAGGCCCACUUAAGAGCUGGAGAGGCACUUCCUAAGGAUAUGGAUGAAGACCAACAAGAUUGUGAUGUUGAAGAGCUUGACCAUGAACAAACAUUGGAUGAUGAAGAAAUCAUGGAUGUUAGCACGGAGGGGGSGAAAGAAGAYGAGGUGAAAGAGAKGGAUCAUCACUUAGAGUUAGAUGAGGAGGAGGAGGGUGAUARCCAUGAGGUUGACGUCAAAGAUCAAGGUGUUGAAGAUGAAGAAGGCAUUWACAAUGAAAACAGUUCAGAUGGGGCCAUGACAUACACCACCAAAAGAAAUGUGCAUAUCCAAAAAACGAUGCUUAGAAAAGUGAAAUCUAGGGCCAAUAUUGAAGUUGGUGAUGAACAUCAUGAAUAUGACGGAGAGGAGGAGGCAGAGGAAGACAUUGAUGAUGAGUAUAAACAUGAUGAUCACAGUGACAUUGACACUAAUGAUCAAGUUGUUGUUGAUGAUGAUCAUGAAGAAGAUGAAGCUGAUGAGGACACUCAUGACACAGAUUACCUUGAAUUCAAAGAUCAAGAGGUUGAAGAUGGAGAAGACAUUGACGAUGAGGACAGUUCAGAGGGGUCCAAGACAUACGCCACCAAAAGAAAUGUGCGGAUCCAAAAACAGAUGGUCAGAAAAGUGGGAUCUAGGGACAAUAUUGAAGUUGGUGAUGAACAUCAUGAAGAUGAUGGAGAGGAGGAGGAAGAGGAGGAGGCAGAGGAAGACAUUGAUGAUGAGAAUAACAAUGAUGGUCACAGUGACCUUGAAAUUAAAGAUCAAGUUGUUAGUGACGAUGAUCAAGAAGAAUAUGAAGCUGAUAAGGUCAAUCAUGAUACAGAUGACCUUGAUGUCAAAGAUCAAGAGGUUGGAAAUGGAGAAGACAUUGACGAUGAGGACAGUUCAGCGGGGGCCAAGACAUACACCACCAAAAUAAAUGUGCGGAUCCAAAAACAGACGGUUGGAAAAGUGGGAUCUAGGGCCCAUCUAAGAGCUGGAGAGGUACUUCCUGAGGAUAUGGAUAAAGACCAACAAGAUGGAGACGUUGAAGAACUUGGCCAUGAACAAACAAUGGAUGGUGAAGUAAUCGAUGUUGAUGGCCGCGAGGAGCAGGGGAAAGAAGAGAAGAUGGAGAAAGAGGAGAAGGUUCAUCACUUAGAGGUAGAUGAAGAGGAGGGUGAUACCCAUGACUUUGACGUCAAAGAWCAAGAUGUUGGAGAUGGAGAAGACAUUGACAUUGAAGACAGUUCAGUUGGAGCCAAGACAUACACAUCCAAAAUAAAUGUGCUGAUCCAAAAACAGUUGUUUCGAGAAGUGGGAUCUAAUGCCAGUAUUGAACUUGGUGAUGAAGAUCAUGAAGAUUAUGUAAAAGAUGAGGAAGAGGAAGAAAAAGAGGAGUUGAAACAGUCAAUUGCUGAAGAUGAAUAUARUGAUGUCAGUGGAGCUGAAAAGCUUGAUGUUCUCGAUGUAGUGGCUGACAUUGAAGAAAUGGCCCAACUUCCUGAUACUGAUGGGGAUUACUCUGAAAURAUUGAUGAMGAUGACGAUGAUGAUGAAAACAACAACAACAGUGAGAGCAAGAAAGCUGGUGUCAAAAGGAAGAUAAAUGUUCCAAUUCCCUUUAAGAUGGUUAAAAGACUGGGAUCGAGGGCCCACCUUCAAGAUGAUGGGGAGCCCAGGGAUAAAGAUGCCCAAGACAAAGACAUUCAACGUGCCAGAGUUCUCAGACAAUCCAAGGAGAGGCAAGCUAGAGAAGAAGUAGAAGAAGAGGUAGAAGUGGUCCUUAAAGCGAUGAGGGAUGCACAAUCCACGAAAGAGGUAGAAAAGAAGAAAUUGGAGGACAAGACGGAAAAGAAAGAGGAGCAGGCCGUGGAGAAAGCAAAGCCUGAGGCAAUGCCCAGUGUGAAGAAAGCAGAGAAGACAGGACCCAAAGAAGAAGAGCCCAAAAAGAAGACUGCCAGAGAGGAGGAAGAGGUGAAAAAGGAGACUAAACAUUUGAAGAAGAAAGUUAUCCAUGACUUUUUCAACAAGAACGUUGUGGUGGAACCCAAAAAGAAGCUGGACAAAAAGGUGAAGGAAGCAAAGAAGGAUGUUGAGUCAACUCUUUGGAGAUCUGACGAUGAAUCCAAGAACCCUGUCAAGGUGGUGAAGACAAAAGAGUCCACCAUGAAAAAAGAACAUAUUGAUGUUAAUAAAGAAGGCAAAAAGAAACCUGUCAAAGAGGGGAAGGAAGAAAAGACAGCUAAACUACCAGACAAAAAAGUAAAGGUAAAAAAAACAGAACUUGAGGUUCUAAAGGAGGAGGCUAAGCUGGUGACUGUUAYGAAAGGUAACCAAUUUGUUCAUCUUUAA